AUGGCCGCAGAGGGUGAUUUUCUGACGCGCUACCGAGCGGUGUCUAAUAAGCUUAAAAAGCGUUUUCUGCGGAAGCCCAAUGUUGCUGAGGCGAGCGAGCAAUUCGGCCAGUUAGCAAAGGAACUGAAACAGCAGGACUGUCUCCAAUAUGCAGCGUUCUGUAACCUGGCCAUGGCCCGAUGCGAGCAGACUUUGUUCAACGCUCCGGGAGAGGCCCUGGCCCUGACCGACGCUGCCCGUCUUUUCCUGUCCGCCGAGCGGGAGACAAGGGCGCUGCAAGCCCCCGGCUUCGACGAGCACAUGCAGGCCGCACUCAACUGCUACAGCUUUGCAAUCAAGGUCUACAUUGAGAUGAACCAGCCAGUGAUGGCGGCCAGUCUGUCCCAUGAGCUUGGCAAUGCUCUUAAGGAGAUGAACAGACCGGGUGAGGCAGUCAUCCACUUUCAGAGAGCAGCAGAGCUCCAGUCUCAGACGCCCAUUGAGGCUCUGCUUUCUCUGUGGGAGAUGGCCUCCUGCAAAAUACUGACCCGUGAUUAUGAUGGAGCCCUGGCUGUGCUGUCUGAGAUGCAGAUGCUGUGUCAGGAGAGAGGCCUGCAGUUACCCGGCACCACCACCCCUGUCGGUGCAUUUAUGGACAUUGUGGCUAAAUGCGAGAUCUCUCGAGUCUUGCUGCUUAUGUUACUGGAGCCACCACCUCAGAAGCUCUUACCGGAGCAUGCUCAGACGUUGGAGAGAUAUGCCUGGGAAUCGUUCGACUCGCACGGCCAAGUGACCUUCCUGCCUGAGGACGUCUUCCUGCUCCUGCAGUCAGUGGUGAUGGCGUGCCAGGAGAAGGACACAGAAUCUCUGAAGUCUCUUCAGACUGAGUUAUGGCCUCUUCUUUCUGCUGAGCACAAUCAUCUCCUCCACCUUGUUGUACAAGAGAGGAUCACCCCCUCCGGUCAGGGCAUUUAGUUCAGUCCUCUUUAACAUUCCCCCCACCCCCCUAUAGAAUCACACACAGUGGAACAUUCCUGUGCCAAUGCCUGGUGCAUCAUGCAGGGAGAACUGUCAGUCUUAUAAGUUCAGCGGGCUAACUGAACUGAGCAGACGCUUGACACAUUGCACGUUCAGCUGACCGUCUCUACGUUCCUGUCCGCACAGGAUGAAAAAACGUGAAAUCUGUUUUUGUGACAAAAUGGCUGCUUAGUGGAACAUGAGUCUGUAUAGGUGUCUGCCUUCCAUUUUGAUUUUCUCAUGCCAUUUUGGAUCUGAAUGUUUAGUGCUUUCGUAUUUAGGACAUCACAAACUGUGCACUCUAUUUAUUUUAAGCAUCUAUGUGAAAUACAGUGUUUGUCAGG